UCAAAAAACACAGCAAUGGCAAGUACUGGUUCAAAAGUUAUCACACUCAAGCUUCUGAUCGAUUCUAAGGGAAAAAGGGUCCUAUUUGCCGAAGCAGGAAAGGACUUCACAGAUUUCCUCUUCUCUCUUCUAUCCAUGCCAGUUGGUACUGUAACAAGGCUUCUGUCCACCAAGGGCAUGGUGGGUACCUUAGGCAAACUCUACCAAAGCUUAGAAAAUCUAAGCGAAACUUACAUGCAGUCUAAUGUGAGCAAGGAUACCCUUCUCAAACCCCAGUCUUCAGUCCUUCGAGGUUCUGCUUCUGCAACCCUUCUCUCAUUGACCAAUGAUGAUAAUGUAAAACAGCUCUACUCUUGUGGUAGUACAUUUGGUACUAAUUAUUAUUCAUCGAGUACAUGUCCUUGUCAUAAUGAGUAUGUAUCCGAUGACCCAAAAGCCAAAUGCCCUGGUUGUAAUAAUUUGAUCAAUAAGGUGCUGACUUACGUGCCUCCCCAAGCUGGUACACAAGUGGGGUCAGCUGCGGCUGAUCAGGAAGGUGGAUUCGUGAAAGGAGUGGUUACUUAUAUGAUAAUGGACGAUCUGGAGGUGAAGCCUAUGUCAACCAUCUCUAGCAUAGCUGUGCUCAACACCUUCAAUGUUAAGGAGGUUGGUGCUCUUGAGGAGAAGACUGUAUCAGUUGGUAUUAAUGAGGGACUGAGUUUGCUCAAGGCAUCACUGCAGACUAAAACAGUUCUUACUCAAGUUUUCUUGGGGAAGUAGAGGAAGGAAACCAGUUGAUAAUGAUGUUCUCUAGCUGAAGUCUUGAAUUUGUGUUUUAUUUCCUUCAGUUAUAGAAUGGUUUGUGCAAUGUUUCAUGUUUGUUCUUUUUCUUGUUUUUCUGUUAUAAGAUGUUUUGUUCGAGAAUUUGAUGAAGGUUGAAAGUGGAGUCGAAAUUUAAGGUCA